AUGGUAACGGAAACAGAAGCUCGAGCGAUCUACGCUUCUGCAAUUCAUUUCGAUGGACUCAACAUCGCCAACUGGUCCCGCGACAUUUUCGAAUCCUGGCAUAAAGGCGGCAUAGCCGGCGUUUCCUGUACAUGUGGUCUCUGGGAGGGCCUCCGCAGCAGUCUCGCCAACGUAGUCCAGUGGAAGCGGUGGUUCGAGGAGCAUUCGGACCUUAUCGUCCAAGCUCACAACGUGGCCGACAUUCGCGCCGCUAAGGACGCCGGCAAGACCGCAGUACUCCUGUCCUGGCAAAACACCUCGGGCAUUGAGGACCAGCUCGACUACCUGCGCGUCUUCCGCGAUCUCGGCGUGCGUAAGAUGCAGCUUACGUACAACACGCAGAACUAUUCCGGCGCUGGGUACUCGGAGGCCCGGGACAGCGGUCUGACGGGAUUCGGGCGCGAAGUGGUCGAUGAGAUGGCCCGUCUUGGCAUCGUGUGCGAUCUUUCUCACGUCGGACCGCAAACAUCGGAAGACGUGAUACUGUAUGCGCCAGACGAAAGGCCUCCGUGUUUCUCACAUGUCCUUCCUGGGGGCUUAGUCGAUCAUCCGCGUAACAAGUCGGAUCACUUGAUCAAGCUCAUUGGCAGCAAAGGCGGGUUUGUCGGCUUAUCUCAAUUUGGGCCGCACAUGCCAAAGGGCAAUGACAGCACGAUAGAUGACUAUGUGGACGUACUGGAUUAUGUGAUUGGAUUGAUCGGCGAAGAUUUGGUCGGUGUUGGGUCGGACGCCAGUGAAGGACACGCACGACCAAGCGAUUUUCUGGAAUGGUGUAACAAGGAUAAGGGGUAUGCCCGGCGCUUGACACCAUGGGGAAGCCAAAAGGUCGUCAAGCCCCUGGGGCCGUUGGCUGACCGGGCUGAGUUGGCUGUGGCAAUGGCGAGGAAGGGUUGGAGCGAAGAAAAAAUGAAGAAAGUGCUGGGAGAAAACUGGUUGAGAUACUUGGAUAAGAUAUUCAAGACCGACUAA